CAUUAUAUUAAAUUCAAUGAUAAUUCAGUUCUGCUGUAAAUGUGGGAAUAAAUAAAUAAAUAAACCUCAGUAUUAUCUUGGGUGUGAAGUGAAUAAGUCAGUGUAUGUGUGUAUGUGUGUCUUCCUUUAGUUAGGAUUAAGUUUGAAAAAAGAUUCUCACCCUAUAAAAAAUGCCCCUUACAUUAUAUUCAGUAUCAGACGGUCCUCCCUCUUUGGCAGUUCAACAGUGCCUUAAGUACCUAAACCUGGAAUAUUCCCUGGUCAAUGUGGAUUUUGGAAGGGGAGAUCAUAUGACUAAGGAAUUUGAGCUGAAAAAUCCUCAAAAAGAAAUUCCAGUAUUAGACGACAAUGGAUUUCAAUUUGGCGAAAGCAAUGCCAUAUUGCAAUAUUUAGCUGACAAAUACCCAAAAGAUUCCACAUUGUAUCCUAAGGACUUAAAAGAGAGGGCUUUGGUCAACCAUAGGCUCUGUUUCAAUUUGUCUACGUACUACAGAUAUAUUUCUGAGCAUGUGAUGGCCCCGAUAUUUUUCGACUACAAAAGAACUCCGUUGAGUUUAAAGAAAACUCACAUCGCCCUAAGCAACUUCAACACUUACCUGAAGAGAAAUGGGACGAAAUAUGCAGCUACAGAUAACGUCACGAUCGCGGACUUUCAGCUGGUAACGGCAACAAUGUGCCUCGAAGCCAUCGAUUUCAAUUUUUCCGAAUACGACUUGGUCCAGCAAUGGUACGACACCUACAAGCAGGAAUAUCCUGAACUAUGGAAAAUAGUGGAAAGGGGAAUGAAGGAAAUCAGCGAAUUUGAGAAAAACCCUCCUGAUCUGAGCCAUAUGGUGCAUCCCAUACAUCCUGUCAGGAAAUAAGUCUAAUAAAACUGAUAAAUUUUUAAUAGAGAAA